AUGUCGAGGAAGGUUCCGAUCGGAUCCAUUUCCGAAUUCCGGACGGAGAGCGAGCUGACCCAGCGUUCGGCCCAGGAAUUGCCCAGUGUUGAUGGGGCCCGGCCCCUCUGGUGCCCGGUGACAGGGGGAGGUGACCUGUUGGUGACGGGAUCCAACUUCCUACCAGAGUCCAGGCUUCUGUUCACAGAGAAGGCCCCAGAUGGACAGACGGUGUGGGAGGUGCAGGCCAAGGUGGACAGAACGCGGAGCACCGAGUCCCUGCUGGUCGCCGAGAUUCCUCCCUACCUCCAGCAGACCCUCCAGGCCCCAGUCCAGGUCUGCUUCCUGGUGUGUAAUGGGAAGAGGAAGAGGAGCACCUGCCAAACCUUUCGGUACCUCCCCGUCCACGUCAAGACAGAAGACGCCAGCGAGGAGUUGGGGCCGGCCGCCCAGAGUCCGUGCUGUCCCGGAGCCGGGUGCCCCUCGCCCCCUGGAGGGGGUGGGUUGCUGUUGGGGGCUGGGGAGCACGGCCCGGUUCCCCGCGCCAGGCAGGAGGUGGGACCCCCCGGCUUCCUCCCGCGUCCCCCCGGCUCGGGCCCGGAGCCUGAGGCCUACAGGAGACUCUCCGGGGCCUACGGCGUCCACUCUGAGGGCUACAGUCCCAGGCCUGAGGCCUACAGGAACCGCGGUGAGGGGGACAGUCUCAGGCCUGUGGCCUACGACAUCCGCUCUGAGGGGUACAGUCCCAGGCCUGAGGCCUAUGACAUCUGCUCUGAGGGGUACAGUCCCAGGCCUGAGGCCUACAGGAACCGCUGUGAGGGGUACAGUCCCAGGCCUGAGGCCUACGACAUCCGCUCUGAGGGGUACAGUCCCAGGCCUGAGGCCUAUGGCAAUUGCGCUGAAGGCUACAGUCCCCGGUCUGAGGCCUACCGCAACCAUGCUGAAGGCUACAGUCCCAGGCCUGAGGCCUACGGGAACCGAUCUGAGGGCUACAGUCCAAGGCCUGAGGCCUACGACCCAGAUGCCAAGGCGCACAGCAACCGCGCUGAGGGCUACCGCCCGGCCUGCAUGCUGGAGGCCCAAGAGAGGCCGCUCCCGGCGCUGGGCCGUCCCUCGGACCCCGCACUGCAGCCAGGGAACAGGCCCGACAGCAGUCACCAUCCCAGGGCCCCGCACAGCGGCAGCAGUCCCUGCCCCUCCCAGGGGGUCGGGAGGAGGAGAGCAGAGCUGGGUCCGGGGAGACCGGAUGCUGGGCGCGGUGGAGAGGAGCAGGAGGGAGAGACGGGGACGGAGGAGGAGGAGGAGGUGGAGCAGGAAAUCCACGAUUGCGAGAUCCCGUUCCGAACCAUCUCCAUUCACGGCAUCACUCUGGAUGAUGUCACUGAGAUUAUACACCGUGACCUGGGGGACGUGCAGCGGGAGCCAGACCCUGACAGUGACCUGGAGACGCCGUGAGGAGGGAGCAGGAGGAUGGCAACGUCGCUGGGAUACUCCCCCUCUCUCUCGCUCGCUCUCUCUCUCUCUCUCUCAAUCACUCUUUCUCUCAGUCACUCUCUCUCUCUCUCUCUUUCUCUCUCUCAAUCUCUCUCUCAAUCACUCUCUCUCUCAAUCACUCUCUCUCUUGCUCGCUCUCUCUCUCUCUCUCUCUCUCUCAAUCAUUCUGUCUCUCUCUCUUUCAAUCACUCUCUCUCUCUUGCUCUCUCUCUCUCAAUCACUCUCUCUCUCGCUCUCUCUCUCUCUCAAUCACUGUCUCUCUCUCUUGCUCUCUCCCUCUCUCUCUCUUUCAAUCACUCUGUCUCUCUUUCACGCUCUCUCACUUCCUCGCGCAUGCUCUAUCUCUCUUUCUUGGGCGUUCUCGCUCUCUCUCCCUCCCUUUGUUGUGUCUCUUUCUCAGAUGCUCUCCCUCUCUCUCAAUCGCUCUGUCUCACGCUCUCUCUCUCUCUCUCUCUCUCUAGCACACUGUCUCUCUCUCCCACACAAUCUCCCUCAUAUUCACCCCUUGGUAUGCUCACUUUUUCUCCUGUGCUCCCUCUCUCUCUCUCUCUCUGUCUCUCUCUCUCUCUCUCUUUCACACACUCUCGUUUCCUCUCUCUCACACGCGCUCCAUCUCUCUUUCUCGGGCGUUCUCUCACUCUUCCUCCCUUUGGCGUUGUAUCUCUUUCUCGGAUGCUCUCUCUCAAUCACUCUGUCUCUGUCUCUCUCUCUGUCUCUCUCUCUCUCUCGUGCCCCCUCUGUCUCGGAUGGUCUCUCUCUUUCAUGCACUCUCGCUUUCUCUCUCUCUCUCUCUCCUGUGCUCCCUCUGUCUCGGACUGUCUCUCUCUCUCUCUCUCUCUUUCUUUCACACUCUCUCAUUUCCUCUCUCUCUCGCAUGCGCUCCAUCUCUCUUUCUCGGGUGUUCUCUCGCUCUCCCUCCCUUUGGCGUUGUAUGUCUCUCUCUCUCUCUCUCGGAUGUUCUCCCUCAAUCACUCUGUCUCUCUCCCUCUUUCAUUCUCGCUCUCCUGUUGCGUCUCUCUCUUCCUCUCCGUACCAUGUUCCAUAAGGAGGGGCUGGAUUGCGGGUCUUUGUGAAUCCCGCAGCAUUGGGGUGGAUUUAUUUUUUUUAAACUCAGUCCAUUUUGUAAAAUAAAAGUCAUUGGAAAUGAA